AACAGCUGAUCGGCAGAUCCGUAGUAGGGUUGACGUUGAAGGGGGAAAGAGGGCAGACUCACACGCCCACAUGCGGCUGAGAGAGGCCUGUGUCGCUCGCGGUGGAAAGUAGACGUAAUAUCUGACAAGCUCUUCAUUUCUACCCAAAGAUUUCGAAUAAGGACCAAGCAAGAUGUCUCUGGUUGCUGAUGUAAUAGCAUCAGUUAGAAGCAAAGGUGGUGAGAAAGCAGGGAAGCCUGGAACAGGUCAGCUGGAGGAGUUAGUAAAACGUGCAGAAGAGGCACGUGAAGCAGUAUGCCAGACACUUGGAUCACGAUAUGACUCUUUGGCAAUGGUUGUUCAUGACACUGCACAUCUGCAUCAUCGUGUUGCAAAUGCCUUGGAGGAUCUUACAAGUCUGCACAACUCUAUUGAACAGGAGGUGGUGUCUGGUUUAGAAGGCAGUGUAGGUGAGGUUGGGGGUGUGGUAAGGAGAUGGAGGGAGGUGGUUGGUGGGUUGGAAGCUGCCUCAACUCUCUUGACCAUACACACACUGCUUGAUGAGGCUCACCAGGCUGAAUUGGAGUAUGAAUUCUUGAAAACUGCUGAAAAUUUAGCAAAGGUUGAGAAACUCCUAGAGGAUGCAUCAGAGAAGGAUGUAGAGGGUCAGCUUGACCUUCUAAGUACUCUACAAGAGGAUAUGCUGGUCAGAAGGACACAAUUGGUUUAUACCAUUGGUGAGGUCUGGAGUGAAACAGUGACCUGGGAAGAGGAGCGCCUGGGAGAUGGUUCCAGAUCAGUCACUUUGGUAGUGCAAGCAGUGAAAUUUGAGUCAAAAGAGGAUGGGUUACAUAAACUCCAGCAGAUGUUGGGUGCAUUGCACAUGUUGGGAGAACUCCAGCGUCGUGUCACAGCCCUUGGCAAGAAUCUCAUGAAUCACAUUUUCAAGCCUAUAAUAAAUGAUGCAGCUAAGGUGAAAGCCACUGAUCGAAGUGAUGGAUAUUCUAUCCAGGUCACAUUACCUGCAAACACUAAGGAAAAGGCACCAGCAUCCACAGUGUUUGUUCAUCUCACUCAGGUAUUACGGAUCCUUCAUAGUGCACUCUUGUGUGUAAACAUUGAGGCAGAUGAGGGUGAAAUUUCACUUAUGCAGCUUUUGGGUAAACAGCUGGGACAAGAGUUUACAGAAGUGCUUAUUAAAGACUGCUUGGCUGAGGCAGUACCUUGUAGUAGAGCCCAGCUGGAGGAUUAUGAGGAGGUCAAGUCUGACACUCAGAAAUUCCAGGAUUUCCUUAUUGAAAUUGGAUUUUAUGGACCUGAUAACAAGUCCAUCAUAGAGUAUGCAGCAAAUGUAGAUGUUGUCUUCAGUAACAAGGCUUGUGCACACUUGUUGGAGCGGGCUAGAGAGCUUAUGACUCGGCCUGUUCAUGUCACAGUCAGUGUUACCCCGCUGGAACCUGAGGGACCCCUCAUUAUUCAGGAUGAGACUGGUAAGAAAUUAGAGAAGAGCAGUAUGAGGCUGGAGAAACUUCUUGCAGCAAAGACAUUCAACCUUCCAAAAUGUCAGAUCAGUGCCUCUGUCUGUGAACUUGUUGAACUAAUAUAUGAGACAAUGGAAGAGGCUUGUACCAGUGCUCCACCCUAUGCGGGGAGGUUGUUCUACACUGUGCGCAACAUCCUGAUGCUCUACUGCCAAGUUGUCCCAACUGCCCAUGCACAUGCCCUUGCUACCUUGCCACAACAGGCAGCUAUCAUACACAACAACAGCAUGUACUUAGCACAUCAUGCUCUCCUGUUGGGACAUCAGUACAAGCACAGACUUCCACAAGCCCUGCGAGACAAUACCAUUACUACAGUUGAUCUUGCUCAGCAGCUCAGAAGAAUGGCAACUUCCACAUUCUUGAAGGCAAUGCAAUGGCAUCGUGCAUCAGUAAUUGAUACCUUAAGAGAGUCUGCAGGCUUAGAUAUGAUCGGAUGUGACACUAGUGCUGUGAACAAAGCAGAGCAGGGUAUGCGACAGUGUUUGCACCAGCUGCAGUUACUUCAUCGUGUUUGGCAACAUGUUCUUCCUCAUACAGUCUACACGAAAGCCAUGAGUACACUGGUAGGAUCUGUGGUUGAAGAAGUAGUUAUCAGAGUGGUGGGUUUGGAAGAUAUAUCUGCAGAUUCAGCUCUUGCCCUCAUCAACCUUCUCAACCUUCUUAAGGACAACAUACCUCCCCUCUUCCAGGUUGAAGGUGAAGCCAAGACUAACCCCGGAGAUGUUAUAAGGCACGUUCGACUCUGGGGGAAAUUCUGUGAACUCAUUAUCAUCUUGGGAGCCAGCUUACAUGAUAUCUUAGACAGAUGGUCUGAUGGAAAAGGCCCUCUGGCACACGAAUUCACUCCUGAUGAAGCAAAACAACUCAUCAGAGCACUCUUCCAGAACACUAGUCGAAGAGCGCAGGUCUUGGCAAGCAUCAAGUGAUUUGUGUUACUUGUGUUGCUGAUAGACCUUGAUCUUAGAUGUUUGUUAGCAGAUGUUGUUGGAGCAUGAAAAUAAUACAGACUUUAUAGGAUAUAUUUAUAUCUUUUUCUUUCCUUCUUUAAUAUUACCUUGCUUUUUUAUUAAAUUAUUUCUGGGACAAGUAUAGCUACUAUCCAUGUAUUUUUUAUAGGCAAUACUUUUGUAUGAUUAUAUUAAUUAGGUGUGUUAUUCUUUAUUCACUUAUAUAUAUAUGCAUGUAUGCUUUAAUAAAAUGUCCCAGUGGCUAAAUUUGUGCCUUUAACAUACCUGUGAUAAUAUGAUUGGCUGAGUAACAAAUAUGAGUGGAAUAACAAAAUGUACAACAACAAAUAAAAUUUUGCUUAUACAAAAAAUAUUUUCAUUAAGGAAUAAAUGAUAGGCAUUACCUUAUUUGUUUAUCUUGGGAUGGUUGUAAUUAAUGAGAAUUUGGAAUAUAUGCUCACAUGACUAGUAGAUUUUAAUGCACUCUUGAAGGUCAGGUGUCUUAAUAAAUUAUAUUGUAAGGAGUUAAUUCUAUAGUUUUUUUCAUAGUAUCAGCUACAAGCAUAUUACUUACAUGAUAGUUAUUAUGUUAGUAACCAGUAACCAGAAAAUUAUAGUAUAUUUCAUCAUUUUUCAUUGUAUUCAAAUUAUUUUCCCAUAUUUUUGUGAUAAAGUUUUAGAUGUUUGACCAAGGCAAAUCCAUAAGUUUGUUUUUUAAUCUACCUUUUCUGUCGUUUUUGUCUGGAUCAUGGUGAGCUUUGAAAAGGUAAACAAUAAACAGUGUAAAUUCUUCUCUUUAUUGUAAUAUAUAUCUGAAAACAGAAAAUAUGGUAUGAAAAACUGCUUCUAUCAACCUACUAUCAUUCUAUGCUAGAGUAUAGAAUGAUUUUUUAUCGAGGUUUUCUCCUCGGUGGCAAAAGGAACUGGCUUUGUUAAAAGUAGAUUUAUAUUUCAGAGCAGAAUCAUCACAAUGUAUCACAUAUUCAGAUCUUAUACUUAUACCUUACUUAUCUAACGGAAGGAAGAGCUAGAUUUAACCCACCACUCAGUAUAGAUUCAGACUUAUUGACUUUUGUAUAAGAAGUAUCAAAUAAUUAGAAUACUUUAGGGAAGUUUCCUACACAUGCAUAUAAUCUUAGAGUUUGAAAUUCUUUGUUUACACCAUCUAAGAACAUGGAAAAAUGUUCUUUAUGAAUCGCUGAGUAUAUUGUAACUUUGAAAUAAAAGGGUUGAGUGAGCUGA